UGGACCGCCGUUUUCCACUUCGCUCUGGGUGCGAGCUUCUGGAAAGGAGGCCUGAAACAUUAACAAAGAUAUUUUCCUGUUCAUGGCUUUCCAAACCUGUAAUAAACGUGUGCGUAAGGCACGGGACUUCUGCAAGGAGGUUGGGGUUGCGUCCGAUUCUUCAAAGGCGCCUAGAAGUGGCAAGUUCAAAGCGCUGAUUCACCUGCGAUGCGCUUUAAUAACGAUGCUAACAUCCGCGUAAGGCACUCUCGCGGGGUGGGGGUGGAGAAAAGGAAGUCGCUGCGCAUCCUGCACGGGUGGGAGCACGCGUGGAAGGGGAUGCAGCGGUGAGCGGAUCUCCCUCGUCGCCUCGCGCUGCUGCUGCAACGACCAAGGAUCUCGCCUGGCCAGUCCACCAUGGUGCCCCACCGGCUGCGGGUCGGACGCGAUGUGGCGCGGGCGGUUGAACUGCUGGAGCGGCUGCAGCGCAGCGGGGAGGUGCCGCCUCAGAAACUCCAAGCCCUUCAGAGGGUGUUGCAGAGCAAAUUCUGCUCGGCCAUCAGGGAGGUCUAUGAGCAGUUGUACGACACACUGGAUAUCACGGGGAGUGCUGAAAUUCGGGCGCAUGCCACGGCUAAGGCGACGGUGGCUGCUUUCGCAGCGAGCGAAGGCCACGCGCACCCACGGGUGGUGGAGCUGCCCAAGACGGACGAAGGCCUGGGCUUCAACAUCAUGGGGGGAAAGGAGCAGAAUUCUCCCAUCUACAUCUCCCGCAUCAUCCCAGGGGGCGUGGCUGACCGCCACGGCGGCCUCAAGCGAGGAGAUCAGUUGCUGUCGGUCAAUGGCGUGAGCGUGGAGGGCGAGCAACACGAGCGGGCGGUGGAGCUCCUGAAAGCAGCCCAGGGUACCGUGAAACUGGUUGUGCGCUACACGCCCAAAGUACUCGAAGAAAUGGAGGCGCGCUUUGAGAAGAUGCGGACGGCGCGGCGCCGGCAGCAGCAUAACAGCUACUCAUCUCUGGAGUCCCGAGGAUAAUUUGCAUCAUUAUCUAUCUGGUUUGUUUGGGCUGGCCUGCGAUUUUUUUCCCCACCCCACCGCACCCUCCCCGAUGGUUUUAUCUGUAUAGCAGGAGACAUAUUUAUCUGCCUUCCUCCUCUUUGCCAGGAGGUGGGCUCCUAUGUACAGUAUUUAUUCUCCACAAUCCUCUUAUUUAAAGAUGUUCUGUGUGAGUGACUGUG